AUGUACUUCACCACCAGCUCCGUCGCCCUCACCUUGGCACUCGCCUCCUCGGCCCUCGCAGCCCCCUACAAUAGCCCUCGCGCUGAACAAACUGCCGCUCCCGCUCCCCCUCUAUCUCUCACACAGCAGCUCUUCCUCGCCGACACCGCCGCCGACCGCUUCAAGCUCCUCCCCGACGACAAGCAAUUCAUCUUCGACUUCAACCAGCCCCAACCCAACCCAGGCAAGGGAGGCGAACUCGUCGCCGCAAACCGCAAGACCUUCCCCGCCCUCGUCGGCACCGGCGCCGGCAUGGCCGUAGGCCGCGUCGGCCCCUGCGGCAUGAACACCCUCCACGUUCACCCCCGCUCCGCCGAGCUCCAAAUCGUGGUCGAAGGCCGCCUCAUCACCGAAAUGACACCGGAAAACGGCGUCGUCCUCGCCGCGGACGGCAAGACCCGCCGCGCCAUCCGCACCGAGCUCGGCCCCAUGCAAAUGACGCCCUUUUACCAGGGCUCCCUUCACACGCAAUUCAACCCGGACUGCGGCGACGCCGUCUUCGUCGCCAGCUUUGCGUCUGAAGAUUUCGGGACGGGCCAGGUCGCUGACAGCACCUUUGCUCUUACCGACGACGUGAUUGCCGCCACGUUUGGGCAGAGCAUUGCCGGCGCGGAUAUUGACCGUGUGAGGAAGGCUAUCCCUGCUAGCAUCGCGCUCGGGGUUGAUGAGUGUUUGAAGAAGUGCAAUAUCCAGAAGCGCGCUUUGUAA